UUAAAAUUUUAACUAUAGAUCUCUCGAAUCUUGUCUUAGAAGACAAUAAUCUUUCAUCAUGUAUUCUGUAAUUGUAUGAAAAUAAUUAUUUGCUUUAAGUAACUUCACAGAAGCGCAUCUAAUUAUUUGUUAUAUUUAGUAAUCUGAAAAUUUAAUAAACAAAAUUUCUACCAUGGACAUAAAAAAAGAAGUGGACCUAUACCGUGAUACACCUAUCAGAUAUUUGGGAUAUGCAAAUGAAAUUGGAGAAGCUUUUAGAUCUAUAGUUCCAAAUUCAAUUGUAUGGCUCAGUUAUGCUGUAGCCAGUGGCUACGUUCUUGCAGACACAAUUAACAAAGGGUUUAAAGCUUAUCAAGAUAAUGUAACUCCAAAAGCAACAAAAAAUACUGUACUUUCCAUGACAGAUACUUUAUUGUGGCAGUCAUUUGCAUCUGUAGUUGUGCCUGGUUUGACAAUUAACAGAGUUUGCGCUGCUGUUCAAUUUGUACAAAAAAGAAGUAACAAUGUGUUCUUAAAAAGCAAAUGGAUUCCAACCAUUAUUGGUUUAGCAUCCAUACCUUUCAUAAUACGUCCUAUAGAUAAUAUAGUAGAAGAAACAAUGAAUGUGACAUACAGAAGGUGGAUAGGAUACUACCCAAAAUGACCAUUAAUUAAUAAUAUAUGAUCAUUCAGAGCUGUUCGAGAAUAGAUCUUAGAUUUAUUCGGUUUUCGAAUGAAACGAAAACAUUUCCGCUUAUACAUUAUUCUAGCAUAAAAAUGCUAAUAUAAUAUUACUGAAAGUUAUCUAUUUUAUUAUACUAUACACGAUUGAAUUUUGUAUUGCAUUAUUCAAUACCUUGGAACAUGUAUUCGAAAACAAAUCCGAAUGCUUUGUUAAAAACAAAAAAUAAAAUGCGUUAUUGUUA